AAAUGGUAAUGUUAUCCAUGAUUAAAAAGUCUAUGGUUCAUUUAUGAUAUAAUGAAUAAUGUCCCCACUUCUCCAUUACUGCAAAAGUGACAGCCUUCUCUCUCUCCCUGACUCUCCCCUUCAAAUUGAAACGCCCAGGGAAACAAGCACACAAGAGAGGGAGAAAGAGAGCAAUAGGAGAAUAUAUGCAUAAUUAAAUUCAAGGGAAUUGAGGGAUUGGAGAAGUGCGGACAAUGAGUCAGUGUGUUCCCACGUGGGACGUAGAUGACAGUCCCACCACUGCCCGCCACUCCCACCGCUCCCACGGCGCCGCCGCCGAUAUCCCCUUGUUAGAAGAGUACGAGGUGGCGGAGCUGACAUGGGAAAACGGGCAGCUGGCGUUGCACGGAUUAGGGCCACCAAGGGCACAGACGCAGACAAAGUACGUGAGCGGAGGGACGCUGGAGUCAAUAGUGAACCAAGCAACGAACAGCAACAACAAGGGAAUGGACGCGAUGGUACCGGGAUCUUGCAGGAGAGACCAUCCAGAAGAAGAGGCUGCUGCUCCUAAACGACCGAGGCGUGGAGAUCAGAUCAGCGUCAGUGGGAGUGCCACUGUCGGCAGAAUUAGGACUACUGACUCUUCCGGCAUGGGCUUCACUUCCACCUCCCUCGACGACCAUUACUCCUUCUCUCCCGAGAUGGAGGUGACCCAUGAAGAGGACACCAAGAAUACUGCUGCUAAAUCCUCCGUUUCAACCAAGAGGAGCAGAGCCGCUGCUAUUCAUAACCAAUCUGAACGUAAAAGGAGAGACAAGAUCAACCAGAGGAUGAAGACUUUGCAGAAAUUAGUUCCUAAUUCCAGCAAGACGGAUAAAGCAUCGAUGCUGGAUGAAGUGAUAGAGUACUUGAAACAAUUACAAGCACAGGUGAGCAUGAUGAGUAGGAUGAGCAUGCCAUCGAUGAUGUUGCCAAUGGCCAUGCAACAACAGCUACAAAUGUCAAUGAUGGCUAACCACAUGGGGCUAGGGAUGGGACUUGGAGUCAUGGACAUGAAUUCUAUGAACCGAGCCGCUUCGAACAUGAUGCCUAACCCAUUUAUGCCAAUGGCUUGGGAUACCGCUGCUUCCAAUGAUUGCCGAUACCCGUCUCCCGUGAUACCAGAUCCUAUGGCCGCCUUUCUUUCAUGUCAAUCGCAGCCAAUGACCAUGGAUGCCUAUAGCCGGAUGGCUGCCUUGUAUCAGCAGAUGCAGCAACACCUACCACCACCUUCAAACCUAAAAUGAUAAAAAGUAGACUUAUUAUGCCUACGUGUGUGCUAUACCAUCAUCCAUGUAUGAUUAUGUCGAAGAAGUAGAUCAUGGUAUAUAUAGUCGGAGGGAAAAUAAAACGAUUGAUGAAUGUGUAAUAUCACCUUCCCAUUAAAUGUUGGACCCGACCUAUUGUUUACGGAAUAUACAACAGACAUCUCAUUGUUAUAAUAAAAGAUAAUAGCUGUCUUGGGCUGAAUCAUUUUUUUUUAA